CAGCACCCCCUGUGACCCUCGUGAGGAAAAGCGGUAGAAAAUGAAUGAAUGAGAAGUUCAUUCUGUAAAUUACUGAUAAAUAAAUAGAUUUAAUACAUUUCUGUCCCUUAGGGGAGGCAUUGAUAUAAAUAAUUGAGAACCACUGGGUUAACUGGAGACUCUAAAGUGUCCAUAGGUGUGCUUGGGAGUGUUGUUAGUCUAGAAAUGCCCUGCAGUUGGUUGGCAACUUGUCCAGUUGAGUGGAAUAGGCAGUAGCCAAGACAGCAUUCCCUGCGUGCCAGAUGAUCGCCCUCUACAGGCAGAACAGUGGCACCCGACGCCAAUAGAAUAGGCUUCAGUUUACCCGUAACCCUAAUGAGGACAAGCAGUAAGGAAAAUGAAGCUAGCUGGAUAAUGCAUAGCCAUAAUACAACCAUAAAAGACAACUACGGGAUGGGGCAAGGUGCUAAUUUUCCAUUUUAAUCCAGCUGUGAUGCAGCUGCUUCGUGUAAGAACUGAGGACGUGUCAGGGUCACAUUACAAUAAAAAUAAGACCAAUCAGCUGUGAGUUGGUAAUUUCUUGCUAUUUCCUAUUUUGUGUUGCUUUUAGGGGCACCACCCCCAUUUCUUAUUUUUAUUCCUCAUACCUCAAGAGCACAGUGAAAAAGGAGUACGUGAACAAGAAGGAAAGACAGCUGGUCAAAUAGGAGUCGAGAAGUUCAGUGAGGGUUGAAGCCAAAAAGUAAUCCAAAACAACCACUGGACUGGACUGGACUGAGCAAGAACUGAAAGAGAACCAAGACAGAAUGUUCUGGAACUACAAAUCGGAGCAGAGCCUUUUUUAAACCCAACACAAGGAAAAAGAAAGAAGAACAUCUGUCAACAAAGUCUUUUGACACACGAUUGUUAUUGACAGACGUGGUUUGUGAGUUCAAUGAAUUGCAUUCUGCAAGAGAAGUCGAGGCUGUGACCACAAUAGAUUCCGAGCUGAUUUACUGGCAACGGGAGUGCAAACAAUGUCAGGGAGAAAGUUUUGUGUGCUUUUGCUAUGUUUGUGCUUAACUGUGACGACAGUCAAUAACCAAGGUUCCCCCCAUGAUACCUUCAUUAUCCAGUACCUGGAGAGGAGAUUGACUCAGAUGGAGGAGCGUCUGAGCCAAUGUGAACAAAACACAGUGAGCAUAAUGCAGAAGACCUACGAUUUAUCCUCAGGAAUGAGAGGCCAUCUGUCUACCUUCAAUGUUAUGAGAUCGGAGGUGAAGAACCAGCUGGAGAGCAUAUCUGCACGUGUAAACCGAGUGGAGCAAGAGGUGGAAUAUCUGGAAAACAAGAUGCCAGCCCAUUCUGACAUUGAAAUGGAGGAGGCACUUCUUGAACAACAGAUAAAAGCCGCCGAACUGGACCAGCUGAAAAGGAAAGCCAAAAUCAGAAUGGAAAAUGAUUGUAAUUCAGCCUUGGGGCAAAUCAAGUCUUUGAAAAUCAUAAAGAAGAUGGGGGAUACCUCAGGGUCUUGGUUCAAGGACCCUUCUAACGGAUCGAUCAAGAUCUACAUGAUGAGUGGAAUUCGUAACAACACACUGUUGGAGUAUGAAUCUCUACAAAGCUUCUCGGAAAAGACCAUCACACCUCCGGCUAAAGUGGUGCAACUCCCAUUUCCAUGGCAAGGCACCGGACACAUGGUCUACAAUGGAUUUCUCUACUACCACAAAGCGGACACACUGAACCAGAUCCUGAAGGUAGACCUGUCCAAUGGCUCAGUGGUCGACAGCACUCUUCUUCCGGGAGCAGGUCGUCUUCCAGUCUACAGCUUGAACCCCAACACCUACUUGGACCUGGCUGUGGAUGAACUAGGUCUUUGGGUCAUUCACGCUGACCCUGAAUACGGUGGAAACUUGGUUCUAACUAAGCUUGAUAAAGGCAACUUGGCAGUAGAGUACAUCUGGGAUACGCAGUGUAAAAGUCAUGAUGCUGAAGGAGCGUUCAUCAUAUGCGGGACUCUCUAUGUGGUCUUCAACACACGCUAUGGUGGACGGUCCACUGUACAGUGUCUCUACGACAUUCAUGACACCAUCCACAGCGCUGAGAGUCCAGUGGUGUUCUUUCCAAAGAGGUACACGAGCCACAGCAGCAUCCACUACCAUCCCGGAGACAAACAGCUAUACGCCUGGGAUGAUGGAUACCAGACAAUAUACACAGUGGAGACGCAGAUUGCUGAAUGAUAACCACUGUAGACAUGAGUAAAUUAGCUAAAUUCUAACAUACUAACGGCUACCAUGCUAGCACCAAGCAAGACAGCCUCAAGUCCCGAAAAGUUUGAGGCAGUCCCAUAGUGUCCCCACAACAUACCAUGUGUGUAUUUGCUUUUAGACAUGAGUAAAUUAGUAAAUUAGCUAAAAUGCUAACAUGCUAAAUGUCAUCAUGCUAGCACCUAGCAAGAGAACCUCAAGUUUAGAAAGUGCCAAGGUUGUCCUAUAACCUCCCUGAAUGAUGCCAUGUGCGUAUUUGACUUUAGAUGUGAGUAAAUUAGCUUAAGUGCUAACAUGUUAACAGCUACCAUGCUAGCACCUAGCACGAGGGCCUCAAGUUUAGAAACUGCCAAGGUUGUCCUAUAUCGUCCCUACAUCAUGCCAUGUGUGUAUUUGCCUUUAGACAUGAGUAAAUUAGCUAAAUUCUACAUGGUAAUGGCUACCAUGCUAGCACCUAGCAAGCGGGCCUCAGGUCCCGCAAAGUUUGAGGCAGUCCCAUAAUGUCCCCAAAACAUACCAUGUGUGUAUUUGCUUUUAGACAUGAGUAAAUUAGCUAAAAUGCUAACAUGCUAAAAGUCAUCAUGCUAGCACCUAGCAAGAGAGCCUCAAGUUUAGAAAGUGCCAAGGUUGUCCUAUAACCUCCCUGAAUGAUCCCAUGUGUGUAUUUGCCUUUAGACAUGAGUAAAUUAGCUUAAGUGCUAACAUGCUAACGGCUACCAUGCUAGCACCUAACAAGAGGGCCUCAAGUUUAGAAACUGCCAAGGUUGUCCCAUAUCCUCCCUGCAUCAUGCCAUGUGUAUAUUUACCUUUAGACAUGCGUAAAUUAGCUAAAUUCUAACAUGCUAACGGCUACCAUGCUAGCACCUAGCAAGACAGCCUCAGGUCCCGAAAAGUUUGAGGCAGUCCCAUAAUGUUCCCACAAAAUACCAUGUGUGUAUUUGCAUUUAGACAAUAGUAAAUUAGCUAAAAUGCUAACAUGCUAAAAGUCAUUAUGCUAGCACCUAGCAAGAGAGCCUCAAGUUUAGAAAGUGCCAAGGUUGUCCUAUAACCUCCCUGUGUGUAUUUGCCUUUAGAUAUGAGUAAAUUAGCUUAAAUGUUAACAUGUUAACGGCUACCAUGCUAGCACCUAGCAAGAGGGCCUCAAGUUUAGAAAGUGCCAAGGUUGUCCUAUAACCUUCCUACAUCAUGCCAUGUGUGUAUUUGCCUUUAGACAUGAGUAGAUUAGCUUAAAUGCUAACAUGCUAACGGCUACCAUGCUAGCACCUAGCAAGAGGGCCUCAGGUCCCAAAAAGUUUGAGGCAGUCCCAUAGUGUCCCCACAACAUACAUGUGUGUAUUUGCCUCACUAGUAUUCAUUCAUUUGUACAUUAAAAUUUUCUCAUUAUAUUUUGCUACUUAUAUAUGAGCAUUUUAUAUCACAGU